AUGGAACUGAUCCCCACACUUUGUCCCACUGCCGAAGAGUUUUCCAAUCCUAUUGAAUACCUGUCAGAGCCCAAGAUACAAAGAAUAGGUCACAUCUAUGGCAUGGUAAAGAUCAAGCCGCCUGAGGGGUUUAAUCCACCUUUCUCGAUUAAUAAGGACUCUUUUAAAUUCAAUGUUAGAAUCCAACACCUGGCUGAGCUGAAUAUAACGAACAGGGGGCGCAUGUUCUUCAUGAAGCAGCUGAACAACUAUCAUAGGGCUCAGAGAGGAAAGAGAUCACAGAAAUUAACUAAGCCGUACAUUGUUUGCUCUGGAAAUCAGAGGCUAUACUUUUAUGAUCUGUUCCUCAACAUUCUUGGACAUUUAAGUCCAAAAUCUGGACCAGAUGUCAAAAGGGAGUAUACAUCAAAGAGAAAGCGUGGGCGUAGUUCUUCGAAUAGUUGCACAGAUGGCAACACUGCCUCAGUUGCUCCAUUAGCUCCCUUACAAGAUCUUUUAUCAGAUACCAACCUUUGGAGAUCAAUUUCUCGUAUCCUGAAGAUACCAGCACAAGAGUUGCAAUCGGUUUUUGAACAGUACAUUUCUAAGUACUACAGCUACCUUGCAUUGCAGGCUAAAAUACGUGGAGCAGCCGAUUUCACUAAAUUACUAUAUACCGAGGAAUACCCUAAAUCUCUGCUUAGCGAUGAUGAGUCAGAAGAAUCCAGUUCCGAGGAGGAGGGAAAUGACGAAGAAGGUUGCGUUGUCUGCGAUCUUCCCAACAAACCGACCAAAAUGAUCUUAUGUGAUUCGUGUGAUAAACCCUUUCAUCUGGCAUGUCUGACGCCCCCAUUGAUCUCCAUCCCUAAAGGCGAGUGGAUAUGCAACAAUUGUAUUGUUGGAAACGGGUACUAUGGUUUUCGAGAGGAGUCUCGGUUUUAUACUCUAUCAGAGUUCCAACAACAGUGUAACGCAAGGCAGCAAGAACUGACUGUUGAUCCAGUUACUGGCAAACGACUAUCGGUUGAAGAGAUGGAAACAAAAUUUUGGAAUUAUGUUAAUAAUCUGGAAAACUCCAUCACAGUAAAAUAUGGUGCAGACAUUAAUGGCGUAGAGCCUGGCGAAAUAUCAGGAUUUCCUAGCUUGGCGUACGUUCCUGAGAAUCUUUCUGAAUCUCAGAAGCGGGAGUUCGCCGCUUAUACAGACCAUCCAAUGAACUUGCUCAAUCUUCCGAAUGCCAAAGGCUCUCUUUUACCUAUGUUUGACAGGAAAAUAUCCGGUAUGACAGUGCCUUGGAUCUAUGUGGGUUCAACUUUCUCAACUUUUUGCUGGCACUUGGAAGAUCAAUAUACUCUCAGUGCUAACUACCAACAUGAAGGAGCUCCAAAAAUUUGGUACAGCAUACCAGAAUACUCAUCUGCUGAUUUUAAUAACUUGAUGAAGAAUCUAGCUCCUGAUCUGUUUGACAAACAGCCUGAUUUGCUGCAUCAGUUAGUCACAUUAAUCUCACCCUACGAUAAACGAUUUAAAGAUGCCAAAAUAAAGUGCUUCAAGGCAGUACAGAAUCCAAACGAGUAUAUUAUCACAUUUCCAAAAUGUUAUCACGCAGGCUUCAACAGCGGGUACAAUUUCAAUGAAGCAGUCAAUUUCACACUAGACUCCUGGGUGCCAUAUGGCAUUGAGGCUAUCGGUGACUACCAACUCACGGGCAAACAAUGUGUUUUUGACAUGUUCGAGCUCAUGUUGAAUGUUGUGAUUGAAUUUCUGAAAGGAAACUCAUUUUUUCAGAAGAAGGAAGGACUCUUAAGAACAUCCUAUUCAGAGCUCUUGGAUCUUCUCAAUUCAAAAACUAAAUUGAUCAAGCAGCUGCCGGAUAUAUCUGUCAACGACACAUUUUUGAAAGAAAUAGUCAGGAAUAGUGGUUCGAAAGGCGUGGUAAAUAAGAUUCCUUCACCAAAGGCUGAAGCAGAUGGGAGUGCGCUCUUUAAGAGCCAAGCAGAUCAUAUAGGGUCAGAGGACUUCGAUGUCUUCUGCACAAAGUGUCACACUAUCUGUUUUCUGGCUUUCAUAAUCCACUACAAGAGCCCUGUCACUCGCAAGAGAAGAAAAAUGCACUCUUUGAAUGCCACACAGAUCAAUGCCUUAAAACGUGAACGGGGACUGGAAGUGUUAUGUCUCAAGGAUUACUUGAAGUUGGUGAACGAGACAUACGACAAACACGGUGAUGAUGGUGACAAAUAUAAUGAUAAUAAUGACAAUAAUGAUCCCUUUAAGAACGAUGUACUAAACUACAUCAGAGAUCCCCAGGAGAUCAGAGACAUUCUGAGAGCUGCCGGUCUGAAGAUCGAAAGAGCCAAAAUAUAG